CGAAUAGCAUGUGUGUAGUAACGGAUCCGUCGACAGCUAACUCCGCAUAUCCAAUCGGGACUUCAAUGAGGGGGAGCUGUACGAAUCCAGAAUGGGACAAUGCAUUUUGCGGCGAUUACUGUCUGAGCGAUCAAGAUCUUGGUGGAAGAUUAACGGCUUGCGGUGAUGACAAGUUCUGUUGCGCCGACGAUACAUCCUGCUCUUGCUCGAACGGGGCGUUCCAGAUUAACCCAGGCAGCGCCCAAACCAUCAUCGGGAUCGAAGGCUUGGAGCAUACCGAUACAUCUACUAUUCAGGUCAGCACAUCCUCAGUAGGACCGACUGCCACGACUCUCGUGACUGCCAUCUUGACUUCGAGUAGCUCAGGUGAGCCGUCGUCGACACCGACUGCCGCGCCGGUAAAGGAGAAGGCGACAGACAAACCUGGGGUUAAAGCAGGCAUCGCGCUCGGCGUGAUAUUCGGAGUCCUGUUUCUAGGAAUGGCAGGAUGGCUUAUAUACAAAUAUCUCUUCUCUGGAAACAGAUGGAGGAAGUCGGAUGAGGGUACAGUGGUCACCGAGACGUCCGCCCCGCCGAGACCGUUAUCGACCCAGGACCCUUAUAUACCAGGCAACGCAGCGAGCCUCAUGUUCGAUCCGCCAGUAGCGGCGACGACGCGCCGGUCUCAAGAUAACUUCGAUCGCGGCGACGCCCCAAUUGGGAAUGCGUAUGAGCGGAAUGCGCAGAAUCUAGAUCCGUUUGAGAAUUCGUCAACCACGGUCGGGACGCGGACUUGGAAUGCUGGGCAGGGUCCAGCGAGAGGACCGUCAGCGAGACCAUUGAGCUUCGUGAGCGAUGAUUUGGAAGAGGCUCGGUAUGUGCGGCCGAGAGUAAAUGAAAUGGGUGUGUGAAGUGGUGGAUGGCGGAUGGCAUCCAGUGAUUAAGAGCUAGGAUCUAGCGUUCCCAGGGUACCGGGAGAAGCAGGCACAGUGUUAACAUCAUCCUAUACAAAGGGGAGCACCUUAUUAUGACGACGCAUUCAC